AUGGAAGCCUUGUCUUUUAUGGGAAGAACAACUGAGAGCAUUGGUCUUCUCAGCAAACUACAGUUACUGGCUGAGGAAAACACCAGCGCGGAGAUUUCACUUUUUCUUGAGGAUGCCGUUCGAUUUGUGCAAUUACACAUAUCCGCAAUCAGCUCCACACCUCUUCAACUAUAUUCCUCGCUACUUAUCUUUACACCUAAGCUGAAUAAGAUAAGAACCACGUUUGAGGACCUGAAGGAUUUACUUCAGUAG